UAAAUAAAAUAUUAGAGUAAAUGGAAAAUUGAUUGUCCAUUCGUCCCUGGAAAAAUCGAUUGUUAUCGCGAGACGCUCAUUACCGCAAGGAAUAUUAUCUAAUCUCAGACUUGAUAUAAGUAAUCUACCACCGGUUCAGAAGUCAGUGGAUGUGCAGGCGUUUGCCAGUUACGAAUAAUCAAUUAAAUGAGAAUGAAGGCUUUUGGAUCAGAGAGAGUGAUCUUGGGGUCGGAAAUAGUACCGGCAAUUAUUGUGAGUGAUAAUGGAAUUGUUAAAGAGAUUUUCCAAGGUUCUGGGGCUGAUGUGAGGGCUGGGGUUGAGGGGAAAUACCCGGGGGUUGAGAUUCAGGAUUUUGGAAAGAAAAUUUUGAUGUCGGGGGUGGUGGACUCUCAUGUUCAUUGCAAUGAACCUGGAAGGACGCAUUGGGAAGAUUUUUCGACGGCAACUCAAGCUGCUGCUGCUGGCGGAAUCACGACUAUCAUCGAUAUGCCUCUGAAUUCGAUCCCUCCAACCACAACAGUGAGGAAUUUCGAAGAAAAAUUGACUUGUGCUAAGGGAAAUAUUUUUGUUGAUGUGGGAUUCUGGGGAGGAGUUGUUCCUGGAAAUUCUAAAGAGUUGAAGCCGAUGUUGAAAGCCGGUGUAGCUGGAUUCAAAUGCUUUUUGAUUCCAAGUGGCACCUCAGAAUUUCGGCACGUCUCCCUGGACGACGUUGAGAAAGCCCUCGAGGAGCUCAAGUCAACGGAAUCUGUUCUUCUGUUUCACGCCGAAUUAGAGGAGACGAUUUCCACCAAGGGAUUAGAUCCUCACCAGUACGCCACCUUCUUGCGCACUCGUCCAGCAGCAAUGGAGAGCAGCGCAAUCAUGGAAGUUGCUGAUCUCUGCAAGAAGUCAGGAGUUCGAUGCCACAUCGUUCAUUUAUCAGCUAGUGAAGCUCUGCCGAUAGUAUCCGAGGCGAAAAAAUGUGGAGCACCCCUGACUGCUGAGACCUGUCAUCAUUAUUUGACAUUUGCAGCUGAAGAAAUUCCAGACUCAGCGACUUUGUUCAAGUGCUGUCCACCAAUUCGUAAUCGAGAUAAUCGAGAAAAACUUUGGAAAGCUCUUCAGGAUGGGACUCUGGACAUGAUCAACUCUGAUCACUCCCCCUGCACAGCAGAUCUGAAGAUCGAUGACUUUUUGCAGGCCUGGGGAGGGAUUUCUUCUUUGCAAUUUGGACUUCCUAUUGCCUGGACUGAAGCUAGAAGGAGGGGAAUUCAAGUGGAACAGUUGGCGAAAUGGAUUUCAAGGAAUCCGGCGAAGUUGAGUGGAUUUGAAAAGCGAAAAGGGGAUAUUGCUCCUGGCAUGGAUGCAGAUUUCGUUGUUUGGGAUCCUGAGGAAAUUAUUACGGUGAAAACAGCAGACAUUCUUUACAAAAAUAAAAUAAGUCCCUACGAAGGGCGAGAAUUAUUCGGAAAAAUUCAUGCUACGAUUCUCGCCGGAGAAUUUAUCUUCAAAGAUGGAAAAGUCGUGGGAAAGCCCGUGGGUAAAUUACUCCUGAGAGAGAACUAAAAUCAAAACAAUUUUCCACACGUGAGAGUAAAAAAUCCGGAGUUCUCGAUGGAAUCUCCGAGCGAUUACUGAAAUACACUGACCUUGCGAUCACAAUCACACGUUCUCUCGUAAACAACAGGGAUGACGUCAUCAGUUAGAUAAAAAUCGACGACGAUGAGCCGUUGGGAGAGUGAAUAUAAUUUGAUAAUUUUCCGAAAAGGAAAUAUUUGUCAUACAAUUAUUAUUUUUCUGUAAUUUCGUAGAAAUAAAAUGAACGUUUACUCUCUU